UCUUAAUUAGUAAUGUUUUUUUUUUUUUUAAGUAAUCAUUCUUCUUCUUCCCAUGAAUAUGUGGCCGCUACUAUAGGAAGAAUCGUAACAGAAGCAACAUCACAAUCAAAGACCGGUGCUCUGUUGUCUUUACCAGAAGAAUAAGAAAAUUCUCAUCUUUCACCCUUUUAUUUUUUUUUGUUCCCGAUCAUGAAUGUGAGAGACGAGGAAAAAACUCCGGCGGAGACUCACGGCGGAGGAGAGGAGAACAAACCACCGGAGAAUAAAAGAUGGCGACUUAAUUCUCCUCUAGCUCAAGUGAGCUUAAUGGGAUUCGUCUGUUUCUGCUGUCCAGGAAUGUUCAACGCUCUCUCCGGUAUGGGAGGCGGUGGUCAAGUAGAUCCAACCGCCGCUAACAACGCUAACACCGCCGUUUACACCGCUUUCACAGUUUUCGGCGUUUUAGGCGGCGGGUUUUACAACGUCCUCGGUCCACGGCUCACGUUAGCCGCUGGAUGUUCGACCUACGUGCUCUACGCCGGAUCUUUCCUCUACUACAACCAUCACCACCACCAAGCUUUCGCGAUCGUGGCCGGAGCUUUACUCGGUUGCGGCGCGGGUCUUCUAUGGGCCGGAGAAGGAGCUGUGAUGACGUCGUACCCUCCGCCCCAUCGGAAAGGCACUUACAUCGCUUUGUUCUGGAGCAUCUUCAAUCUCGGCGGCGUCAUCGGCGGAUUAAUCCCGUUUAUCCUAAAUUACAACCGUAGCUCCGCCGCAUCGGUCAACGACUCGACGUACAUAGCGUUCAUGUGUUUCAUGUUCGCCGGCGUUCUUCUCUCGUUCGGGAUCCUCCCGGCAACAUCUGUCAUCCGUAAUGACGGAUCUAAAUGCUCUGCCGUGAAAUACUCCCGCCCAUCGAUCGAAGCAGCCGCCGUCCUCCGGCUAUUCCUCGAUCGGAAAAUGCUCCUCAUCGUCCCUGCGGCUUGGGCUAGUAACUUCUUCUACAGCUAUCAGUUCAACAAUGUGAAUGGACUUCUCUUUAACCUAAGAACCAGAGGAUUCAACAACGUCUUCUAUUGGGGAGCUCAAAUGGUUGGUUCCAUCGCGAUAGGUUACGUGAUGGACUUCAGCUUUAAAAGCCGGAGAGCUCGAGGAUUCGCCGGAAUAUCAGUAGUGGCGGUGGUGGGGACAGCGAUAUGGGGCGGAGGGUUAGCGAAUCAGCACGGUUACUCGUUGGACAAUCUACCGGAGAAGAAACUCGAUUUCAAAGAUUCAGGGGUAGAAUUUGCGGGACCGUUCGUGCUGUAUAUGAGCUAUGGAUUGUUAGAUGCCAUGUAUCAGAGUAUGGUGUAUUGGUUGAUAGGAGCAUUGGCUGAUGAUUCACAGACUUUGAGUAGAUAUAGUGGAUUCUACAAAGGAGUGCAGAGCGCAGGAGCUGCAGUGGCUUGGCAAGUGGAUACUCGUAAGGUUCCCUUAAUGUCACAGCUUAUUGUUAAUUGGUCACUCACUAGUGUAAGUUAUCCUCUACUGGUUCUUCUUGUGUAUUUGUAUGUUAAAGACCAAGAUUAUGAUGAUGAUAGUGGUGAUAAGGUUUAGAGAAUAGUUUAUAGAAGAACAUUGUGUCAACUUUAUGUUUUCUUUUUUGAUAUGAAGCUACAAAACAAACAAGAUUUGAGGCUUUGAAAUGUCAAUAUGCCUUUAUGCAUUUUAUGGUAA